AUGCCGAUAUUAACAGACUCUCCAGGAAACAUCGUGACGUCGAAACACGCAGAUGGUCCUAUAGAGAAGACGGUUUCUGGCACCACAAACGGUCACACACGCAGCAACGGAGCGCAUUCCAGCGUGGAACUGGAGGAAAAACCCAAGUUCACUACAACGUCGUAUCCGUCAAACUGCCUGCGCUUUCUAGGGAAUGCCCAAACCAAUCCAUAUGAAAAACAUACCGUCACUCCAGCAGCCAGGGUGAAGCUGAACAUUCUAAUUGUUGGAGCUGGUCUUGGAGGGCUUGCUACAGCAAUCGCCCUGAGACGUACCGGUCAUGAUGUCACGGUUUUCGAGCAGGCCCCUGAAUUAAUGGAGGUCGGCGCCGGCAUCCAAGUCCCACCAAACUCGGGCAAACUGCUGAAGAGAUGGGGCGUCAUGCAGCGACUGGCUAAGCAAGUCGUCGAGCCUUCCAGGAUCAACUUCCGCAGAUGGCAGGACAGCGCAGUCAUCGGGGUAACAGACCUGACGGCGGAGUUCAACUCCCACUACGAGGUUCCAUAUUACGUGGUUCACAGGGCCCAUCUGCACACCGCGCUGUAUCAGCAGGCUGUGGCCUUAGGAGUAAAGACGCGGCUGAACAGCAAGGUCGAAGUGUAUGAGCCUGACACCGCCACUAUCAAUUUGUCCGAUGGAAGCGUCUUCCAGGGAGAUCUUGUCGUUGCUGCUGAUGGGGUGAAAUCAACGGCGCGAAGUAUUGUAGCCCCAAACGGCCGCGGUGCUCCCAAGUUCACAGGAUACGCUGUCUAUCGUGCAACAGUCGACGUGGCGAAGAUGAGAAAGAUCCCUGAAAUCUCAUGGGUGCUUGAACAACCCAAUCUGAAUCUCUGGAUCGGAGAAGACAGGCAUGUUAUGACAUACUGCAUAGCUGGCGGACAGGCGUUCAACAUGGUCCUGUCACACCCAGAUCGAUCCGGCUCUCCAGCCACGGGAGCAGAAGGAGAUGUCCUGGAGACGAUGAAGAAAGAAUUCGAAGGCUGGCAUCCACACCUCACGACCAUUAUCAGCCUCAUCGACAAGGUAAUGAAGACACCCCUGAUGAGCGGAGAAGCCCUCGACAGCUGGGUGUCCCCGUCAUCUAAGCUCCUCAUACUCGGCGACGCCGCUCACGCUAUGUUGCCCUACAUGUCAGAAGGUGCGGCAAUGGCAGUCGAGGACGGGGCAGCGCUCGCAGUGGCCCUCAGCCACAUCACGUCCACGAAGCAGCUCAAGUUCGCCCUGCGGGUGUUCGAGAAGGAGCGAGUGCAGCGCACGGGCAUGAUGCAGGAGGCCAGCAUGGUCAACUCGAUGAUCUGGCACUUCGCGGACGGCCCGCUGCAGCAAGCACGGGAUGAGGCUAUGCGGCCUGAGGUCGAGGGCAAGCACUUCCUCAGCAGCCCUAAUCAGUGGAGUGACCCUGUCACGCAGGAGUGGGCCUACGGGUAUGAUGCGGAAAGGGUCAUGGACAGGGCUUGGGAGGAGGCUGUAGAUGAGCUCAUUUGUCGGAGUGAGUGCUGA